AGUAAAUUGGGAGGAUUAGACUACAGUUCUGCUGUGGUUCUCUUAUGGUUUACAGCUAUCAUCCAAAGGAACUUAAACAGUUUUUUUUUAGAAUUUAAAACUAAAGCAAACACUCAGUUUUAAAAGUAGGCUCUAAAGUGGUUUUGUGACUGGGAGCAUUGAGGAUCUCAGGUCUUUGUAUUGAGAGAGCCCAAGGUCAAGGCUAAUUUCACUAAUGGCUCUUUUCACCUUCCUUAGCUCCAUCUUACCCUUCCCCACAAGGGGCACACAGGAGACAAGGUGAUGGCAGCUGCUCUCUUGACAGCCAGGCCUCAAGUGAGCUCUGGUUCCCUCUGUCCUUCUCAAGAUUCCAUUUCUGCUCCUUGAGUGUUGACUUGGCCCCUUCCGUCAGCAUCUCUCCCCAGCACUGUGCCAUCCAGGGGCUUGAUCCCCACCUUCCUUCUCUAGGAGCCUAGGUUCUUCCUCCUGGGUCAUGGACAUGGGCUGGUAUUCUUCCCAUUUCAGAGGUAGGGAAAGUGAAUUGCGGAAAGGUUGUGAUUUGACUGCAUUAUCUUGAUCAGUUAGUGGGAGGGUCAGGAAUAGAACUCAGGCUCUCCUGAUUGCUAAUCAGCUGCCCUUUCUCCUGUGCCAUAUUCUGCGUGCCUCCUUCCCUCCGCUCUAACAUCCACUUCUGCAUAUACUAUGAGCUGCUAAACCUCACCCUUGCUGCCUGUGCACCUCAUCCUGGAGCAGACUUCUGAGAUUGUCCUUAGGGCAGCAGGAACCUGUUUUUUAGGAGUUGGUGACAUUUGAGGAUGUGACUGUGUAUCUCUCAGAGGAGGAAUGGGGGCAUCUGGACCCUGCUCAGAGGAAGCUCUACAGGGAUGUGAUGUUGGAGAAUUAUAAGAAUGUGGCCUCAUAGGGAAUUCCAGUUUCCUAACCUGACUUGAUAUCCUACCUGGAACAAACGAAUUUGUCAUUCCUGCGUGCUCCCCAAACUGAGAUUGAAGACCUCCUUGAUGGAUAUUUAAAAAUAUUCUCAGGAAAAAAGAAACACUAGAGUUUGGGCAACUAGCCAGUGGCUCAUUGCUGGGGAUUUCAUUCUCUUCCGAGGCAUUAGAACCCUGCACAAUACUAUGCAUACAGAAGUUGCUGGUUCCCCAGCCCGUGUUUGAGAUUGUACUGGACUGGGAGAUCCCCUGGCUUUCCUCGUGACUGUCACCAACAAACUGACUCUGAGCAAGUUGCUGACUGUCUCUGAGCUUCCAUUUCCGAAGUCUAAAGUUCCAUAUUUCUCUGAGUUGUAAGAGAAAUUAGACUUUACCUUCAUCAUGUCUUCCAAACGUCCAUCUGAUGGUAGUGGCCCUUCGGAGAAAAAAGUCCAGCGCAAAUCUAUCUCUUUGGAAAAGAAAAUAGAGAUAAUCAAGCGAGUAGAAGCAGGAGAGAUGAAGAGUGAGGUGGCCCGUUCACUUGGCCUGGCACAGUCAACCUUAAAAUCCAUUUUGAACCAAGCCGAUAGAGUGAAGGCCUCUGUGCACAAUUCCAGGAACCUCACUGCUGCCAAGGUAACCCGAAUCCGAAGUAGUGUCAUGGAGAAAAUGGAGAACAUGUUAAGUAUUUGGGUGGACAACAUGGUGCAGCAUCACAUGCCUCUGAGCCAGACAUUGAUAAUGCAGAAGGCUCUGAGUCUAUUUGAACAUUUGAAAGCCCAGGCAGGUGAGGAAUCCAUCAAGACAUUUGUGGCUUCCCGUGGAUGGUUUGAGAAGUUCAAAAAGCGAAAUAAAAUUGAUAGCAUUCGCAUCAUGGGGGAAUCUUCCAGUGAGGAUGUUAAGGCAGCGGCACAAUUUCCUACAGUGCUCAAGGCUGUCAUUGAGAGAGGCAACUAUUCUCCCAAUUUGGUCUUUAAUGUGAGCGAGACAGGGCUAUUCUGGAAACGCUUGCCUUCCAGAGCUCUCUCCCAAGAGAAAGAUGCUGGCACCUUUAAGGCAUCUAAGGACCGUGUGACCAUUCUGCUAGGCAGCAAUGCCUCAGGAAACAUCAAGUUGAAGCCUCUCCUUGUCUACCAUUCCGAGAUUCCUAAACAUAUGCGAGGUUUUUCUAAACUUAAUCUGCCUGUUAUCUGGAAGUCCAACAGGAAGGCCUGGGUGACGGUGGACAUGCUUAAUGACUGGAUUGUUAACCAUUUCUGUCCUGUUGUGCAGUGUUACUGUACAGAGUAUGGCUUUGAACCCAAAGCAUUACUGGUCUUGGAUAGUUCCAUGGGCAGUCUGUCAAACUUUGACUCGCUCCAGACCUGCAUUCCCAUCGAGGUUUUGUUCCUUCCUCCAAACACAGCCUCGCUUCUGCAGCCCAUGGACCAGGGUGUCUUUGCAGUAUUUAAAGCUUAUUACCUCAGGUGUGCUUUUAGUCAGCUGCUUGAGGUUAACAGUAGUAAUAAGGAACUUGAGAUCGGGGAAAUUUGGAAGGAUUACAACAUCAUGAAGGCAAUCGACAAUAUCAAAAUAGCCUGGGCAGAAGUGAAUAGCCAUUGCCUAAGUGGUGUUUGGCGAAAGGUGUGGCCUGAUUUAGCAAAAGAUUUCUUUGAGGUAGAGUCAGAAAUUUUGGCCAUCACCACAGAGGUUACACAUGUGGCAAACCUGGUAGGCUUUGACGAAGUCACCCUCGAUGGCGUGCAGGAGCUGUUGGAUAACCCUAGAGAGACAAUGAAUGAGGACUUGCAGAAGUCACCUGAUCAGGGCUUCUCGGAGGAAAAAGCUGACAUGAGGGAUAACAGCAAGGAAGCUGGCCCUGCACGAAUGUUAACGACAAAGGUUCUGUCUGAUUGCUUGGCCGAGGUCUCACACGCAUUGGAGGUUUUGUCAGAGAACGAUCCUGACUGUGAACGAAGCUGUUCAGUGAAGCGGACGGUUUUACAGGCUCUGGACUGCUACUCAGAGAUGCUUCAGGAUAGAAAGAAGGCAUGCCCAGCUAGCUUGGAAGUUUUCCUAAUGAAACCUAGCCCUCAGCCACAAGAGUCACAGCCAGGGCCAUCUGCCACCUUGUGCAGCUCAUGGCCACUCAGCUAGUACUCCUGCCAAUGUAGGGGAACAAGGCCACAGUAAAAGCUGCUUUAUUGAAUUUUUUUUCUGUGUGUAUGUAUGUGUGUGUGUGUUUAGUGAGCCAUACGUUUUGAAAGUCUACAUUCAAUUUAAAACCUUGUGUUAAUGUGCUUUUGUAUAGCACAAAUUGUUUUGGAAUUAAAUGACUUUGGCAUAUCAUAAUUCCCCUUUGUGACAAGCCUAAACUCUGGGACAGGAUACUAUGUACAGAGCUGUACAAACUGAAGUUUUCCCUGGCCUUCCAGGCUAAAGCUUUAGCUCCUAGAUGGUGUGGUUGCUUGCCGAGACAUGUAUUUCAGGUUUUUUCCAAAAUGGACAGCGAUCUUAGAAGCAGGGGUUAGCUCACUUUAGGAAAACUGAGUUACUACUAUUUUUCUAGCUAUACAUAAAGACUGUGAGAAAAGAUACCAUUUUAAGGGUGUGGGGUGGGGACUGGGACCAUGUUGGUUUAGGGAACUCCAAGGAGAAGGAACUCCCUCUACCAAUGUCAGGUGACUUGCCCAAAAUCACAUAGUCAGUAUGUGCCAAAGGUAAAAUUAGAACCCAGGGCUUCUAGGCUUUAAGGCCAGUUCUCUAUCCACUGGCACCAUUUGAAGCAAGAUAUCCACAUGCAUCUUGAUAAAACAGGUACUUGAAUAAGCUUCAACUAGAUUUCUCUUACUUUUAGUCACUUUAACAAAAACCUUGAAUAUCCCUAUUCUUCUCUGGAAAACCCUGUAACUUCCAAGUACCUCUUUAGGGCUCUGAGCCAAGUACCUCAUUUAUUCAUUGAUUGAAUAUCCAGUGACUAAGUGCUUCUGCAUCUCUUGCAAUUCCUUUGAGCUUUCAGAGUCACAUCUGGAAAGCGGUUGUGGGAGCAAAAUUGUCUCUGUGCUUUCCCUGGGUCAUAUCCACUGAAGACUCAAAUGGUGACUCUGUCACCCCAAUUCCCAUGAGUUGUAUAGUCCCCGAGUUGGGGAGAAAUUGGUCAGAGCAAAGUAUGGGAUACCUUGGGGUCCUGCUAGGUCCUUCUUGGAUUUCUGCUCUUAACACCCCCUCCAUUCUGCAGGAUCUCAGGGCAGCCUUCAGGAUUCUUUACGUAGGAAUAAUAUAUUUUCAAGCCCCUUUGCUGGGAAAAACAUUUGCCAAUCACCUGGCUGCCCUGAUAGCCACUCUUCAAAUAAUCAUCUGUAGAGUGUCAGACAUUGCUAAGUAGCAGCGUUUUCCAUUGCCUUGAAUGUUGCUUUCUCCAGCAAUGGCAUUUCAAACUUCGUAAUAGUGUAUUAAAAGCCUAUUAAUCAGCAUUCUGUGGUUUGAGGCCAGGUUCCACCACUUGUUAUGGGUCACUAUCAGUGUUAUAUAGCCUUUUCAGUCCUCGGUGUCUUGACUGUUGAAAUGGGAAUUUACUUGUUCAACCUACCUCACACUUUGAAAAUAAAAAUGUGGAAUUGUGAGCUGCUAUUGUUACUGUACCUUAAAAGUUUAAAGCCAAUAAAUCAAUAAACAAGC